UGAAUGUGCAUUGCACAAUGCAGAGUACCUAGCCUGAGGCUGAACGGUAGGUACUCCAGCAUAGGAAAUCGGGGAGACGGUUGAAGAAGGGUGCGCUCUUUAGUUCGCUGAAACAGGUUUCCCCACCUGGGCCAAGGUCUCCCUGCCGGUGCAACUCCUAUCACAGCCGGCCUCGCAGUUCCCGCCCCAGACGAGGUGGACCUUCUUAGCUAGAAGCCGCCUUGAUGCUGUGAGGUGUGGCGAAAGCAAGGAGAAGUCAGCCCUGUGCCGAUUGUUUCGCUCGCUGCCUCUUUUUGUGCGCUGGUGGUCACAUAUUGUUGGGACGGUCAGGCCGGCCAGUUGUAGCUGCAGGCGCUGCUGCAACUUAGAAGACGCGCUCAGACGCUUACAUUGAAGAUGGCAAGAGCGUGCAUAAGGUCGGUGACCGUAGCCUUGCUGGUGGCCUUGGCUGUGAGCUUCCCCCUGCUGGCCAGCGCCCACAAUGGGGUGAUCCAUGACACCCCAGAUGAGCCCGAAGAAACCCCCGCUGCCGCAACCACCGCCGCCGGGACCACUGCCGCGACGACUGGCUCCGCUACUGCAGCCAGUCCUGAGGCUGUGAUCGAUUUGCGCAGCUCGCACCUGAUUGGCAACAAAGUGGGCUGUCUGGCGGUCAUCUUUGCAGUGCCCUUUAUCGGCUGCCUGCUGCCCUUCUUUGUGCGCUUCUCAUAUGACGUCAUCGUCUACGGGACCCUGUUUGGCAGCGGCCUCUUCGUCACGCUGGCCCUUAUGCACCUUGUUCCUGACAGCGCCGCAGGCUUCAACUACCUGUCCGACUCACACUACCCCUGGGCGUACCUCCUUGUGGUGGCUGGCUACUUCUUCGCCUUCUUGGCUGACCUCAUCGUCCAUGCCGUGUGGGAGAGGAAGGAACAGCACGACAGGCAAGCAGCAGAGCUCAAGGCGGCCCAGCUAGGUGCUGGGAGCGCUCCUGCGGCUUCGGCUCCCUCUGGCGGCAAGCUGUGCUGCCAGGCGCGGCCGUCCAAGCAGACGGUGGACGAGGAGACUGCGCUGGCGGGCGCUGCAGCGUCCUACUGCUGCGACGGCAACUGCAAGUGCCAGGGCGACCUGUGCCAGUGCCCCCAGGAACGCGGUGGGCAUGCCAAGCCGGGCGUGGGCGAGUUCGACCAGCAGUACCUGAAGGCGGCAGAGGCAGUGGAGUCGAAGCUGGCGCACAACGUGCACGGCCUCUCCCUGGCGGACAUCGCCAUCCUGGUGCUCGCCCUCUGCUUCCACGCCAUCUUCGAGGGGCUCGCCAUCGGCCUCAGCGCGACCUCCAAGGAUGCCUGGAAGACGACCAGCUCCAUUGUCAUCCACAAGAUUUUCGAGGGGCUGGCCCUGGGCGCGUCCCUGUUGAUGCACAACCCCAAGCGGUCCUUCUUGUCGCUCCUGCCCUUUGGCGUGGGCUUCGCCAUCGCUGCCCCCGUGGGGCUGGCCAUCGGCAUCAUCCUGGACUCCACCGCGGAGCCACGCACAGCGCUGUGGGUGGACACGAUCGGCAACGGCAUUGCCGCAGGCGUCUUCUUGUUCGUGGGUAUCGGGCAUCUCAUGGCCAAGGCGUUUAAGGCAUCGUGCACCGACACGUGGAGGACGCCGUUCUUCAAGUGGACGGCCGCGGCUCUAGGCGUCACAACUAUGGCGCUGAUCCAGAUGGACCACGACUGAAGGUGACGGGAUGCCUUGGGGUCGUUCGUAACAUAGCCAUUAGGGAAGCGUGUGCGCUUCGCUGAGCUGAGAAUACCAAACCAUCAUAAACAAAUCAAAUGCACGUAGUCAGUGGAUCGACCGUGGAAACUUCCAGUUUCGCAAAGCCCUUUUUCUGCAUCGUCGAGGAGCACAGUUACCAGCAACCUGAGCCCGGCCAAAGUUCUGUGGAUCAUCUGAGGGUUGCCAUGACUGAUCUCAUUGCAACCAAUAUGAUCACUUGCGGAUUUCCGCAUUGUUCUGGUGAGCCUCGCGAGUAUACUAUGCCAGC